AUGGUGAGUGUGAAGACAAUUGAAGCAAGCGCUGUAUUUGCAUGGUUUAUGUUGAUGAUGCUCUUACGCCGUAUCGUUCUAUUGAUUGUUGCUGGUGUCUCAGGAAGAAAUCGACCGUUUCCCCCUGGUCGAGUUCCAGAAGAUAAAAUAUUGAAAAGAACUCAAGUUCACUCUACAAACAACACAGCAGAUGCCACGACGUUCACCAAAGAUGUUCGUGUCAAUAAAACAAUUGUUAAUGAUGCAGAAAAUGAUACAUAUUUCCUCAUUCUUCUCUUGGCCACAGCUAUAUUUUCUGACACAACCAGCUAUGAUUGCACACGAACGAUCGUCUACAGUGUUCUUUAUUUAUUCUUUCGAAUAGUUUAUGCCGUUGCUUAUAUUUUCGCGUUGCAACCAUGGAGAACGAUUGCAUACGUGUUCGGUUUAGCUUGUACAUUGGCUUGCAAUUUAGACCUGGUCAUUACAUUAUCGCGUCGAACAUAUUGA